AUGUGCGGCUUGUGGAAAUCACGUCAAGGCAAGGACUUCUUCUCCAAAGAAGCCCGAGUUCAAGGCUUGAAGAGCCGUGCUGCGUUCAAACUGCUUGAGCUUAACGACAAGCACAAGUUGUUCAAGCCCGGACAAACCAUCGUUGAUCUGGGGUUUGCACCAGGAUCAUGGUCUCAGGUCGCUGCACAUCGUACUGCUCCCGAUGGCCGCGUCAUAGGUAUAGAUUUGAUACCCGCACAACCACCACGAGGCGUCUCCACCAUACAAGGCGAUUUUCUCUCACCUAUAAUCCAGGACGAGGUUCGAGCCUAUGUCCGAGAUCCGGAUUUGGGCCGACCUAGGAGGCAAGUUUCUGCAAAAGCGGACGAGGGGAUUACCGAAGAAGAGCUGGACGACAUGGAACGAGGAUACAUCGAUAUUGAGCGACAAGCUCAUCUGGACGGUGCAGAACUUGAACCUAUCGGGCGGCCAGCAGAGGCCCGUGACAACGACCAAGAUACUCUAUCAAAGCUCUCGUUGAAGGAGAGGGAUGCGCGGCAAGGCAGAGCAGUGGAUGUGGUGCUCAGCGACAUGUCAGAACCCUGGGACCAAACGGCCGGCUUCUACAAGAAGAGCCUUAGUGACCCAUAUUUUAGGAUGAUGAACACCAGCGGCAACGCGUUUAGAGACCACGCCGGCAGUAUGGACUUGUGCAUGGCUGCCGCGACAUUCGCUUUCGAUACACUGAAAACUGGCGGCCACUUUAUCUGCAAGUAUUAUAAAGGAUCAGAGGAGAAGGCGUUUGAGACGAAGCUGAAGCGUCUCUUUGCCAAAGUGUACCGAGACAAGCCCGAAUCAUCACGCGCUGAAUCAAAGGAGGCAUUUUUCGUGGCACUGCGCCGAAAAGAGACACCUACAAAGGAGGAGGUCUUUCGGGAAUGA